UUUUUGAAAGAAGAAAAAAAGGAAAGUCACAUAAUCUGAAAUCUCCUUCAUAUCUCAAAAUCGUUGGCAACAGUUUCGUUACAAUUGGGGUUGAAAUGGAAAAGCCAAACCGACCAGUCAAUGCAAGCUGGUUUGGAUUGAAUGACGGCCAAAGUGAGACUAUAGAUGCAGAAUUAUUAGUGGAUCUUCUUGAGACUUUUAGAUUUGGUAAAGAUAAUGUUCCCCCCGGAGAAUUUCGAUUCAAGGCGGUAGCGACCGCGCCGGCGCCUGUCAACAUUACCACCCAGAUAGAUGUGGAAGUCGAAGAGAAAGAUGAUGGAUCUCAAGGAAACAAGUCUGUUCGUGAAAGCACAUCAUCAGUAUGUUCCAAUUCAGAUCCAGUAGUACUUGAGACUACUGUCAGCCAAACCGGUUCAAACAAUGAAACCGACUUAAACGAAGAAUCCGAAGAAGCAGGUUCAAAUGAAGAAAACGGUUUAGAUUGGUUAAAGUCGAGCUCCAUAAACUUAGCAAAUGUAGAGAACGAAAUGCAACAGAACAGAGAAAAUGGUGAGAUAGAAGGACAACAAGAGGAAGAAGAAGAAGAAAAGAGGGAGAUAUCAUCAUCAUCGGAUUCAGAAGAAAAGUCAAACCUAGAGAAGUUGCUUGAAACACAAGAAAAUUAUGAGCUUUACUGUCCAUGUUGUAGCUCAUGUAUCACCAGAAAAGUGAUUCUCAAGAAAAGGAAACGUGGGAAGCACGUUGAUUUGUCUGGGGAUCUAAAACUCAAUGUACCGGGUGAGGAAACUGACGAACCAAGCGACAUUGAAGAGAUGGAGCCACCGGUUAAGGUUCAUGUCCUCCCUGAGACUCGUAUUGAGGAUGAUGUUCAAGAAGAUAAAGAGGAGGGAAUUAUCUUCUCAUGCUUGGCUUGUCUUAAGUACUUCAUCCGGUUAGGAACAAGGUUCUUACAAUUUGUUUAUAUCAGGGCAAAACCGGUUGAGGAACCAGUUAAAGUAAAUUUAGAGAUCAGAAAUAGUAUUAACACAACACAAUCACUGCCACAAAUUCAACCGGACGGAGAAAGAUUUGCCAUUGAGGUUUUGAAGAGCACCGUCUACGGCGGUCUCACGGAGACCAUCACCAGCCUCGGCGUUGUAUCCUCAGCCGCUGCCUCUGGUUCCUCCACCGUGAAUAUACUGGCUCUUGCUAUCGCAAAUUUGGCUGGUGGACUCAUCGUCCUAGCUCAAAACCUUCAAGAUAUAAGAAACAGUUCAGAUCAAGAGAUAGAUCGGUACAAGGAAUUGUUAGGGAGACGUGAUAAUUUCCGGAUACAUAUCUUAGUAGCGGUCAUGUCUUACAUUUUCUUCGGCCUAAUUCCACCAUUAGUUUAUGCAUUCUCCUUCUACGAAACCGGAAUCAAGAACUACAAGCUCAUCUCGGUUUUCUCGGUUUCUCUGGUUUGCGUCAUUUUGCUCGGUUUAAUCAAGGUCUAUGUCCGAAAACCGCCAAACUCACGUGAAUCGAUUAAAGCUUAUCUCAAAUCUGCGGUUUAUUAUACGUCUAUUGUGGUUGAACAAGGUUCUUACAAUUUGUUUAUAUCAGGGCAAAACCGGUUGAGGAACCAGAAAAUUUGCAAAUUAUAUGCAGUUAAAGUAAAUUUAGAGAUCAGAAAUAGUAUUAACACAACACAAUCACUGCCACAAAUUCAACCGGACGGAGAAAGAUUUGCCAUUGAGGUUUUGAAGAGCACCGUCUACGGCGGUCUCACGGAGACCAUCACCAGCCUCGGCGUUGUAUCCUCAGCCGCUGCCUCUGGUUCCUCCACCGUGAAUAUACUGGCUCUUGCUAUCGCAAAUUUGGCUGGUGGACUCAUCGUCCUAGCUCAAAACCUUCAAGAUAUAAGAAACAGUUCAGAUCAAGAGAUAGAUCGGUACAAGGAAUUGUUAGGGAGACGUGAUAAUUUCCGGAUACAUAUCUUAGUAGCGGUCAUGUCUUACAUUUUCUUCGGCCUAAUUCCACCAUUAGUUUAUGCAUUCUCCUUCUACGAAACCGGAAUCAAGAACUACAAGCUCAUCUCGGUUUUCUCGGUUUCUCUGGUUUGCGUCAUUUUGCUCGGUUUAAUCAAGGUCUAUGUCCGAAAACCGCCAAACUCACGUGAAUCGAUUAAAGCUUAUCUCAAAUCUGCGGUUUAUUAUACGUCUAUUGUGGUUGCCUCUUCUGGAAUUUCAUACGUUGUCGGAGAUAUCAUGGGAGAGUAUAUCGGGAAGCUCACUUGGAUUAGUUUAGACCAGAUGAGUAGCAGGCGAUCAGUGAAGAGAUCAUUGAUUCUAUCUGACGAUGAAGAUGAAGAUAUCUUUUACAGCUUCAAGGUUCUUCUUCCUAACGGUACUAGUGUGAAACUCACACUUAGUAACCCAGAUCCUAAGAUGUCUAUGCAAAACUUUGUCAACCUGGUGAAGAAGGAGUACGAUAAUGCUAGGAAAGACUGUGUUUUGCUGUCUAAGAGGACGAGGGUUGAUUGGAACUCAGGCGGAAAGUUUUCUCUUGAGUCAAAUGGCGAGAAGAUGAAUGGCGUUGUUCGUUUUGCUGCCUUUAAGCCGAACUUGUGCCAUAUAAUACGCCUUAAUGACGGUUCUGGUAUAGCUUCCACCAUGUAUGAGAACUUGUGGGACUUGACACCUGAUACUGAUCUGCUUAAAGAACUACCUGAAAAUUAUAGCUUUGAGACAGCUCUCGCGGAUCUGAUAGACAAUUCCUUGCAAGCUGUGUGGCCUUAUCGUGAAGGAGCUCGGAAACUGAUUAGUGUGGAUAUUUCUGCUGACCGGAUUACAGUCUUUGAUACCGGGAAAGGAAUGGACAGUAGUGAGGAAAAUUCUAUUGACAAAUGGUGA